CAAAAUUGAAUGAUAGCAUGCAAUGAGAGCUUCGUGAAACUGAAGAUGCUCUGAGGAUUCCAACGUUCUCCAGAGACAAUGAAGGCCACUCGCAAACUCAACAAACCCGACCCAGUCUCAAAGCUGGUUUUGGAGGAGGUGAUUGGGUUGACAACAAAGAAUAGCAAUGGGUUAGCUUCAAAUGCCUUGAGCUCCAAAUGUGCUUAUUUGGCAGGUUCCGUGGUGGUGAUAUAUGACAUGAAUUUGGGCUCUCAGUCACACCUCAUGGUGUCUAAUAGAAUGCCAAAGCCUUUGAGCUGCGUAGCUUUGUCACGAGAUGGGCACUUUGUUGCCGCUGGAGAGGCAGGAAACCAGUCAUCAGUACUAGUGUGGGAUUCUUUUACUUUAUCUGUUGUCUCUGAAUUGAAAGGCCAUAUAUAUGGAGCUACAUGCAUCUGUUUCUCACCGAAUGGUAAACAUCUGGUGUCUGUUGGAGGAUAUAUUUACCUUUGGAACUGGCGGAGUGGUGAGCUGAUAACAAAGCUUCAAGCAACUUCUUGUUCUACAAUUUCAAGUAUUAGCUUCUCAUCAGAUGCAAAAUUUUUUGUAACUUCUGGGAAGAAGCACCUGAAAUUCUGGUUACUUGGAUCUUCUAGAAAGACUCAACUAUAUGAAGGGAUGAGAAAGAGUACAUCAUUAGCAAUACAUGAAAAGCCUACCAAUCUUUCUAUUCAUAAAGCAAGCUCUGUUACAUCUAUCAGUUCUGUGUGGUGUUGUAAUGGCUAUGAUAAUUGUAAAAAAGCUGGUGAUUGCUUUCCCAUAUAUACAUUGACUGAUUCAGGCAUUUUAUACCUUAUUAAUUCUGGGAUGUCGGUUGAAAAGUCUGUGACCUUGAAAGUUCGAAAAGCUUUUGCAUUAUCAACAUCAGCAAAGCUAAUUGCGUGUGCAUGCAAUAAUGGAACAGUCCAAUUAUUCACCCCCAUCUCUCUAGAAUACGUGGGUAGUAUAUUGUAUUCAAAGAAAAAAAAGUUACUUAAAGGAAGCAAUUUAGUUAGUCACACUAUAGUUCCAGAGCAGGCUUCUGAACAGUUACAUGCCCUGCCUGAUGCAAUUGCCUGUCAGUUUUCGGCCUUAGAAAAGAUUGUUGUUGUUUACGGAGAUCAUAGUCUCUACAUCUAUGACAUCCAUGAUGUGAAUCAGGUCACAAAGUGUUAUGUGCUUGUUUCACAUUCCUCAUGCAUAUGGGAUAUCAAGAAUCUAUGUUGUGAAAACAUGCAUGAUCCAUCUCUUGCAUGCACUGCUAGAGGUUGUCUGGGGGGGAUUUCUUUUGCAACUUGUUCUACUGAUGGUACAAUCAGGAUCUGGGAUAUUGCUUUGCAAUCUGAUUUUUCAAAUGAUGCUGAAGAUUUGAAGACUGAACUAUUGAGUUCUUCAUUUUUAGUAACUGCUGGGACAUUUGAACGUGAUGCAGUUAAGGUACAUGUUACAAAUGGAGAGUUUCGGUCACUUGCUGUUAGUUCCGAUGGAAAUUAUCUCGCUGCUGGUGAUUCCAAAGGGAACAUUCAUAUAUACAACCUUCAAACAUCGGAUUACACAUGUUUCCAGGGUGCUCAUGAUGGGGAGAUUCUUACAUUAAGCUUCACCUUGUCCACCCAAGAUAAGGAAAUUGUGAAAAACAAUUAUUUUCUUGCUUCAGGGGGACGAGAUUGUAUGAUCCAUCUCUAUGAUGUGAAAAGAAAUUUUGAUCUUAUUGACAGCAUUGAUGACCAUUCGGCUGCAGUGACUUCUAUCAAAAUUAGCAGCAAUGGUUGCAGGAUCCUCAGUUGUAGUGCUGACAGUUUCCUGGUUCUUCGAGAUGUGGUAAUAGCAGAUGAUGGUUAUAAGAUUUUGCAACAACAUCGCCAAAAGGCUUUACAACGUGGAACUGUCUAUGACAUGGCUGUGGAUGCGACAUGUGAGACUGUUGUCACUGUUGGGCAGGAUAAGAAAAUAAAGACGUUUGACAUGGCUGCUCAGAAACUAAUUAGGUCGCACAACCACGAUAAAAAUUUUGGUGAACCUAUAAAGGUUAUAAUGGACCCAAGCUGCAGUUACGUGGUCUGCUCAUUCUCUAACAAGUCUAUAUGCAUAUAUGACUUGAUCACAGGGAAGAUGGCUUCGAAGGCAGCAGGGCAUGCUGAAAUUGUUACUGGUGUCAUCUUUUUACCUGAUUGCAAGCAUAUAGUUUCGGUGGAUGGUACGGGUUGUGUUUUUGUGUGGAAAUUGCCUGCUUCAUUGUCUUCUAGAAUAUUGGAGAGAGUAAUGGAAAGAAACAAUCCAUUGUCUCCAAGAAGCUCUAGUCAGCCUCCCUACCUUGGUUGUCUAUCAUUUUGCAAAGAAGAAUUCCAGCAUUCCAAUAUCAAUCCUGAUGGUGUUUGGUCAAUGAUGAACAACAGCCAACAUUUGAAUGGAAUGCUUAAUCCUGGGAUCAGUCAGAGAGAGGCUUCAGCUUUUAAAUUUAGUGUUUCAAGACUUCCCAAAUGGGCACAAGCAAAAGUGACCGGUUCAAAUGGUGUCUGCAAGAAUCUAAAUUGCACUUCGUCAGAGGUUUUUUCUCCUUUGUCCACCGAAGUUCAAAUUCCAUCCGAUAAUGCUUCUCCAUCGCCUGGUACUGUUAAUGGAAGAACUUAUAGCAACGUUCCGUUAGACAACCAUUGGCACUCUGUUUACACUGUUUUUACGGAAGCGCUUUCUUCCCCUGAGAUGUUUGAUUUGUGUAAGACAGAGUUUGCAGAGAUUCCCUUGAAUAUAAGAAAACAUAGGACUGUGAUUAGUGAGGACCAGAACUCCUUUGGGCUUAAUAACCUUAGUAAGAAUGAAAAGAUGGGUGUUGCUCCAGACCAACAUGUUGGUUGCAAUAAUAACGAUGUUUCUUGGUGUUCUGAAGAACUUUCUGAGAGUAAAGCAGAGCAGUUGUAUUUGAGUGAAUCUACUGAAGGCAAUUUGGACAGUGUAUCAUAUGAAGAAGACAGUCACAUGUUUAAGCAACAUUUUGGUAGCUUAUCAAAUACGCGCAAGGCAGAGUCAAGGAAGUCUUUAGUUAGAAAGUUUUCUGCUAGAUAUAUUGUGCAAUGGGAUUACCCAGGGGAUUUUAAGGAACGGUUUAGCAGUCCUGUAGAGAAUACAAGUGUUAGAAAGAACUCUAAGGAUGAAACUGCUACUUAUAUUAUAUCAGAAGACGGAUCCUCACAGGGGAAGGAAAUUGAGAAAUUGAGAAAGUGAGACAUUCUUCGGGACAGGAUAUGAAGAAUUCAGAACCUUCAACAGAAUCAACAUGUGAACUAGUCAGACUCCCAGUUAAUGAAAAUUCAGUUGAGAAAGGGAGUGAACAGGGAGAAACCAUAGCUGUGUGCAAGGAUGCACUUGGUAAAUUGGAGGUCGCAGCUGAGAAUGCGCUGCGAUUAUUUUCAGAAUUAGAAAAGUUUUACAGCGAAGAGGUUGCAACUGAAGCAGGAGCUCAGUUUUUAGACGAGGCAGCUGAGAUAUUUCCUCUAGUUGUUAAGAAAGUUGACGCCGUUGCUAGAUUGGUACGAUGUAGGUUGAAGGGUAAGUGUGGAAGUACGUGUCCCAGAAACGGACCAGUUUGAUAGAUUAGCCUAAGGUAAAUCAGAUAGAAUAAUGGAAAUAUCAACACUUAUUUUAUAAAGUUUUUCUUUUCUUUUUAACAAAGAAUAGAAUAUGUUCUUUGGCUA